UUGUUGCAAACAAAUAGUUCAGUUUAAUUAAAGUUACAGUUCAGUUUCGAAUUUCCAGUAAAUAAACUGUGCGUGAGAUUGCUUGGGGUUUUUUUUUAAUUAUCUUAACUUCUGUCUGUUGCUUUGAAUUGCCAUGGAGUCUGGAGUCAUAACGGGGAUCGCCGAUUCAUUCUGUCUAUCUUGUCACACAUAUCUCAAAUUAAAGGACGUUGAAAAGCAUAUCAUUGAUUCUGCUCAUCAAAAGACUUUUGCAUCUACAAGCUAUGUGGAAAGUUAUCAAGAAGACCGCAUCAGAAAGGUAAAAGUGGGAUAUUUUUGUGAAAUUUGCAACCUGAUAUUACAAACGAAAUCUAAAACUAGAAUUCAUAUUAAUGAAGUUGCUCAUGUUAACAAUAAAAGUAUCCAACAAUUAAAAGACACUGACGAAGGAGUCGUAGCAUUUGAUGACAUAUUAAUCGAGCAGAAUGCCUGGCAGGGCUUAGCUGAUGGAUCCUGUUUAAUAUGUAAUGUAGAUUAUUCAAAUGAAGAAGACCAUAGGAAAGAGACUUCACAUAUAUUAAAACUUAUUCAGAGUAAAUUUGAAUUGAAUAAAAACAAAUAUGUUUAUCGGAAGGUUGACGAGAACACAUUCAACUGCUUGACUUGCAAUUCAUUAAUUACUGCAGAAUCUAAAGAAAGACAUUUUAAUGAAUCUGAACACAAAAAUAAAUACUUGAAAUGUCAAAAUGUUAAAAAGCAUGUUAUUAGUUCUGAUUGUCCCAUUCAUGAUAAAAAUAAUAAUGAAACAAAAAAAUCUACCAGUAAAACUAAUUCAGAAAAUGUAAUUGAUACUGAAGGCCCUAUGGACAAGUCUCAGAAUAAAAUUGUUGCAUAUGUUAAUGAUUCAGAAAAUUCUCAAAUAGCUGAUACAAAAGAUGAAUUAUUAACACCAUCUGAAGCUUUAAAUAAAGCAUUAGAAUUUGCUAAACAAAACAAAUUGAAAUAUAAACGUAAUGGCACAUAUUGCAAAUUCUGUAAUAUCAAAUUUAAUUCAACAUUGAAGAUGAUGAAGGAACAUGUGGCAAAAUCAUCUCAUAAAGAAAAGUCUGCAAUUAUAACAAAAAUCACAAUAAAUAAAGUACCAACAUGUAUCUUCGUAGAUGAAUCAUGUACAGUAAAGGGAAUUUCCCACUGGGAUUUUAUAAUUAAUGAUGUAAUUUGCAUAAGCUUUUUUAGUUUUCAUUUGAUAACUACACAUUUAGGUAAAUUGAGAUGUCAGGCAUGUAAUAUUACACUUGAUUCUGAUACGAUUGAAGAACACAGGUACAAUAUAAGGCAUAUAAAAAAAAUGGAGCCAAUACCUGUCAUUAUAGAUUUCAAAACGGAAUUUGUGCGAGAGGUAAAACCGUCAGUUUAUCAUUGCGGAUACUGCAAUUUCUUUGAAAAUAGUUUGGAAGGAUUAAAAAAUCAUUUGAAAUCAUUCAAUCACCAAGAAAAAAAAGUAGCUGCUCAAAUACGUCUACAAAAUCAUUUGCCUCAUAUAAGGGCCGGUAGGGAACGAAAUUUAUUUUUUGAAUUAUUUUCUCGAUUCCUAUGAGAGUUAUAAAUCUCUGGAAUACAAGACAGUUAAGAAAAGGCACAAAUGAAAAAUAUAUCAAUAGUCAUUGACUUUUUUCCUUUAUCUAAAAAUUUGUUUUUUAAAUUUUAUUAUUCUUAUGUUAAGUUGAUAUCGUUAUUAUUUGUAAUUUAAUUCUUAUGACACGAUUUGUUUUUUACAGCACUAUAAUACCUUACAUUUCUUAUGUUCUUCUAACCUCAUCUAACAUUAUACAUUUUUGACAUGGAUAUAAAUUCUAUUUUUUUAUUUUAUCAUUAUAAUUCUUAGUAAAUCUUUUGCAAUGUUUACCUUUAUUUUUAAUUUUUGUACUUUGUUCUGUUUGUUAAGUAUUAAAUAUGUGUUUUAUAUUGAAUAAAUCAAUAUGAAAAAUUUGUUCUUUAGACAUAAAUCUAACAAAAAGAAAGAGAUAAAUUUGUUUACUUUUAACUUUUGCUUAUUUUAAAUUUAUCUAUAAUUAAUAUUUAAUUUCUGUUUGUUUUUGUUCUAAAAGUAGUUAUAUUUUAUUACAUUACGUGUUUUGAAUUUACAGUUUUUUUUUUUUAUAAAUACCUUUUGGGUUAAACAAUUUUAUAUGUUUAGAUAAUGUUCUUUUACUGUAACUCACUCGCGAAGGCGUAUCCUUCAACGUUACAUUAUUAUCGGCGUGCAUUUUUUUAUGUCAAAUAAGUUGAAGAGUUGAGAUCAUUUCAUCGAUCGGUCGAGACGUGCUUUCUUCGGUCGAGAUGUGCCUCGCCCGAGCCAAGUUUUGUACUUAAUGAAUAUCUACAAUAAGCGAGGCCGCUUUGCGAGGCUAAUCGGUCAGUCAAAGCGGCUAGUAAAUAAUAUUAUCU